CUAUACUGACCUUGAACUGAAUUGCAUUGUUGAUGCAUCACGUCUCCAUUAUCCAAUACUCCACGUCGAUCUCGACGCAACAUGGAGCAUGAGCAAUGGACAGCAUCAGCGCCGGGACGGAGGGUCUCAAAGCGCCAUGAGGUUGCAGCCCAACAGCGCGUGCUGGAACUGGAGCAAGCUCGACAGAAUCAUCAGAUAUCACCAAAUGACUAUAACCACCAGGUGAGAAGAAAGCAAGGUGGAGAAAGCUGUUCGUAGACUUCUUACUCGUGUUUCGUAGCUACACUUGUCGUCGUUCUCGUACCUGGCGAAUGUGAUGGCACAGCGACGACAAAAGAUGCAGAACCAGCCUCAUUUUCAGUACGUUGUGUACCCCCUGCUGUAUUUUAUUGCGUGUCCUGAGGCUGGGUUGUGUGUUGUCUUGUAGACGCAGCAUGUACUAAAGCCGACACAAUUUGGAUCAAGACGUUCAAACACGCCAAUUUGAAACCCAUACUUGACGUGCUUUUUUUU